CGAAAGAUGGCCACUUGCUGCGGAAAAUAUAAAAUUCCGGAAACCAAUUCCUGACAUUACAAACUGAAGACAGUGCAGUUGCCGGAAACACUUGAAGCUUUUCCUGCCCCUAAUUCUCUUCUCCCUUCUCGGCUACGAUUCAUAACCAGGUUCUUCUUACGGUUUGAGACAUGAGGAAAUUUCUAUUGCCGAUGCAAAGUGUAGAUAAAGUGGAUAAUAAGAAGGAGAAGAAUAAGUCUUGGGAUAAAGAAAGUUUAGUGAAGAUUUUGAAACAACAUUUUGGGUAUUCUGAAUUCAGAGGGAAACAAUUAGAAGCUGUUGAAGCUAUUUUAUCAGGAAGAGAUUGUUUUUGUCUCAUGCCAACUGGAGGAGGAAAGUCCAUGUGUUACCAGAUCCCAGCACUAUCAAAAGCAGGAAUUGUUCUUGUUGUGUGUCCUUUAAUAGCGUUGAUGGAAAACCAAGUCAAGGCACUAAAGGAGAAAGGGAUUCGUGCAGAAUAUCUCUCUUCGACUCAAACCUCCAAAGUCAGAGAAAAGAUUCUUGAGGAGCUCAACUAUGGAAAGCCGUCACUAAGGCUACUUUAUGUAACACCAGAACUGAUUGCAACACAGGGGUUUAUGCCAAAGCUGACAAAGCUCCACUCUAGAGGCUUAUUGAAUCUCAUUGCCAUAGAUGAGGCACAUUGCAUUUCAUCAUGGGGACACGAUUUCAGGCCCAGCUACCGCAAACUUUCUUCUCUGCGGAAUCACCUUCCAGGGGUACCAAUACUGGCCUUGACAGCUACAGCUGUUCCUAAGGUUCAGAAGGAUGUGAUGGAUUCUUUAUGCUUGCAACAGCCAUUAGUCCUCAGAUCAUCAUUUAAUCGUCCUAAUAUAUACUACGAAGUUCGGUAUAAAGACCUUCUGGAAGAUGUCUACUUUGAUAUGUCUAAUCAAUUCAAGUCUAGUGGAAAUGUAUGUGGAAUCAUUUAUUGCCUUGAGCGUACAGCUUGUGAUGAUUUAUCAGCUCAUCUAUUAAAGAAUGGCGUCUCUUGUGCAGCUUACCAUGCUGGAUUGAACAGUAAACAGCGAAGCUCAGUUUUAGACAACUGGUUGUCUUCCAAAGUACAAGUGGUUGUAGCAACUGUUGCUUUUGGCAUGGGAAUAGAUAGAAAGGAUGUUAGGAUUGUUUGCCAUUUCAAUAUCCCGAAGUCAAUGGAAUCCUUCUAUCAAGAGUCUGGAAGAGCUGGACGUGAUCAGAAACCUUCAAGAAGUUUGUUAUAUUAUGGGAUGGAUGAUCGCAGAAAAAUGGAAUUUAUUCUUAGUAAAUCACAAAACAAGCAGGCAAACUCUUCCAACUCGGAGGGUGGCUCGUCCAAGAAAGCAUUAGCUGACUUCAGUCAGAUGGUGGAGUAUUGCGAAAAAUCUAGUUGCCGACGGAAAAAAAUUCUUGAGAAUUUUGAAGAAAAAGUACCUACAUCAUUAUGUAACAAAUCCUGCGAUGCCUGCAAGAGCCCAAAUGUAGUUGCUAAGAGUCUCGAAGAGCUUACUCUUUCUGCUUACCAGAGGACUGGAUUCUCUCGUGUCUUUAUCAACAGUUCGUCAUCCGUGGCUUCUGAAGAUCGUUACACAGAGUUCUGGAACCGUGAUGACGAAGCAAGUGCUUCUGAAGAAGAUAUAUCUGAUUCUGAUGAUGCAGAAGAACUUGUGAACAACUUGUCAGGGUCAAAAUUCUCAUCAAAAUCCGGAUUAAACGAGAAAUUGGCAAUUUUGCAGCGGGCAGAAGAGAAAUACUAUCAGGCAGAAGCCCCUUCAAAAGAGAAGAACAGCGUUGACAAGAAGUCCAUAUCUGAAUCCCUAAGAACAGCUAUCAAACAAAGGUUAUUGAACACUCUAAAACAGACUGAGCAACGUCUUGGAAUCUUAAAGAUAGAUUUGGAGGCUUCUGCAGCUUUUCUUGAAGACGAGUGUUACAAGAAGUACGCGAAAGUUGGGAAGACAUUCUAUAAUUCACAAAUGGCAAGUACGGUGAGGUGGUUAUCUACCUCAAGUAUGGUGGAGAUAAUGAACCGGCUUAGCUCCUGUGUCACUCAGGACCCCUCUACUCCCAAGCCAUCAGAUGACCCAUCAACAGCUUCUUCCCUUUCCAUGAAUCCAGAUAUGCAAGAUCAAAAUUCGCUAGAAGUUGGUGAAGAGGAAGUCCAAAUUGUUGUUGAUUCAAGUACUUCCAUAGAAACACCCAUGAUUCCAACUUCCUCCGAAACAAUACACCAUCUUCCUCCAAUUCCAUCAUUUGCAGAGUUUGUUACUCAGAAAGGGAAAAACGGUCAAUCAAAUAUUUCUUCUACGUCAAGAUCCGAGAAGCAUUCAUCUACAAGAACAUCAAAAGAAGAUGAUGCUGCAGAGAAAAGAAUGAGACUGCACUAGAAUUAUUCAUGACUCAGUCUUUCUUUUUCUUCUUUUGGUUGCUUGCUCGUACUCUCAUAGUUGAUUGGCAAAUCCUGCGUUCUUUUGCAACCUUGAAUUUUGUUUGGAGUUUGAUCUCAAAGCUUAAUUAUUCCACAACAUUUCUCGUAUUUUGGUUCCUCGUA